AUGGGUUCUGACAUUCAGAUCACAGCCAUGAGGCUGUUUGCCUCCCGGGCCGGCCGUUCCUCGGUGAUCGUUAUCUUCAUGAUGUUCUUUCUCGCCAGCCUACUAAAGCUUCCCAAUGGCACUUUGCGAGAUAUCUCCUUACCUAAGAUUCCCUCUUCUUUCCCGUCUUCUCUAAGCUGGCCAGCAAGUGAUGUUGACUGGUCACGCUAUGCCUACGUACAAUAUGUGACGAACACCGACUAUCUCUGUAACUCAAUCAUGAUUUUCGAGGCCCUGUCGCGCAUGAACAGCAAAGCGGACCGACUGAUGAUGUUUCCAUCCAACUUCAAACUGGACAACGAUACUACGGAAGGCAAACUACUCCUCAAGGCGCGGGACCAGUAUGACGUACAGCUCAUACCCAUCACCGUCCAGAGUCGGCAUACUGACGAAGAGCCCCCUCCGCAGCCCAUGGAUGAGCUAUUUCUUCUGCCCCCAUGUCCCGUUGCCAUGCCGCGUGCUUAUUGGGGCAACUUCGACGACCGCGUAUUAGGCUCUUAUAUAAUGUUGGUCCAGCCGUCCGAGUUCGACUUCAACCGGGUCAUGAAUGCGAUGGACACAGCGAGCGGCUCCGAGUACGAUAUGGAAAUCCUCAAUCAUCUAUACCGCGACAGCGCCCUUGUACUGCCCCACCGACCAUACGGCCUGUUGACAGGGGAGUUCCGCUCGAAUCACCAUUCUGCAUACCUGGGCAACGAUAUCGAAGUGUGGGAUCCCGAGCAGGUCUUUAUGGAGGCAAAGUUCCUUCAUUUUUCAGACUGGCCUCCCUGGAUCCGCACCCCAGAAUCCAUAAUACAAGAAAACCAACCUGUUUGUCACAAAGAUCCGGCUUCAGGCGCUGAAGACUGUCGUUCCCGCGACCUAUGGUUGGGGUUCUACAGCGAUUUUGCACAGAGGCGAGAG